GCAACGUCGUCGACGCUGAUUUACACAUGGACGACAUCGUAGCUAAUAAUGAACAGUUGAAAGAGAACAAAAUCGACAGUCAUAUGGAAGUCAAAGUGGAACCGACUCUUCGGUGUUACGUCGAGGAAGAACACGAGAACAGCUUCUCAAAUUUGGAGAAUGCCAGCACGAUACCGUCGAGUGUCGAUGUGGGCGCGUUGAACCAGUGGACCAGCAAAGCUACUACCUGCCUAAUCAGCCAGUAUAAGAAGUAUCGAUCAUUGGUCGGGCAAUCGACGCAGAUCAGGAAUCUGCGAGAGAUGUUCGAGAUGAUAUCACUGGAGAUGCAGAAUUACGGAUUCUACUUUAGUCCGCAGAAAUGCGAGAAUAAAUGGCGAGUUCUCGAGCGCAAGUAUAAAAACCUCGUGUACCGUGAACGACUGAAGAAACCAGGCAGGAUGCGACACUAUGGACAGUGGGAGCACAAACGCGCCUUGGACGAGAUCUUCAACGAGAAGAAGAGGCAUGUGUAUCUGGAGACGAACGAGUCGCAACCGCCAAGCGGAUCAACUAAUCUCUCGAUUCAACCAAAACCAGGUUGCGAUCGAAGCUCGCCUGACGAUCGGCAACGAGAAGAUCCUUUAGCCCCCAUGACCAACGAGAAAGACAGUGAAACGUUGGAACGCAAGGAAAUCUUGACGACGUUAUUCGAAAAAUUUGUACAGGAAAUAGAAAAGAAUUUCGCAUUGGCCGAAAAGAACAAAGAGAGGCGGCACAAAGAGAAAAUGGCCGUGAGACGUAAAAAAUUGGAACUGAAGAAGCAGCUUCUCAAAUUAAAGGAACAGAAGAUGGAAUUGCAAAGAUGCCAAAUGAUUGCUGCCGCACAGAACCUGCGUUUGAAUAUAAAGUAA